UAAACACAACAUCCUUUGAGAAAACUGAUGACCUCUGGAUGAGUACGAAUUCUGAAUGUUUGUAAUGAAGGUUUCUAGAGUUCAGGCCAGUAUGGGUGUACAGACAGGACUCUUUCUCUUCUGGCUUCACGUUCUUUGUGCAGUCGUGCUUGCUGAUGUUUGGAAGGUGGAUGUAGAGCAUAAAAUGGAGGCUCUGGUCUCGUCUUGUGUGGUGUUGCCUUGUAAAUUUACAUACCCUGCUCAGCAGCAGCCCUCUGAUCGUAUUAGAGCCAUAUGGCACAAGAAUAAAAACUGGGAUGACAUCAUCUUUCACAGAGACAGUACACUGGUUGAAGACAAUUUCAAAGGUCGUACAAAACUGAUUGGCUCACUUGGUAGUUUCAACUGCUCCUUGGAGAUUGAUGAAGUGAAAAACAUUGACAAUGGCCCGUUUUGCUUCAGGGUGGAAUUAGAAACAGCUCCAAAAGACAAGUACUCUUUUGUGGACAACUGUGUGUCAAUUACAAUGAUUGAGGAAGCACCAAAACCAAAUCUGGAGGCUGAGACGUCUGUUCAUGAGGGUGAACCUGCAGUCUUUAAAUGCUCUGUCAGACACACCUGUCCGACCCACCAGCCCUCUCUCAGCUGGAGCCACCCAGGAAAAAUAAUCUCAAGCUACAAGAGCUUGGGUCAUGGAAACUGGGAAGCAGAGUCUCUCCUGACUUUCACCCCAACAAAGGAGGACAGUCACACCUUUGUCGAAUGCACAAUCAUGUACCACGGGAAUGUCAAGGGUGAAAUGAAAGCCAGCCGCCCUGUCUUUGUGAAAGAAAAAGCAACUCUCAGCCACAUCAUCAUACCUGCCUUAUCUGGACUUGGAGCUGCUCUUUUGGUUGGAGUUGUGUGUUUCCUUGUUGUCAAGCGAUAUAGGAAACGCAUUGCUGAUCUUCAAUCAGGAGUUGGGAUGAACAAUGCAGGCACAGGGUUUGGAGACCAGCCUUUCUCCAAAGCUCGAAUGCCAUCACCAAAGAGUCAGAGCAAAUGCUACACUGCUGAAAGUUAUGAUGAUGAUGAUUACACCAACACAGCAGAUUUAAACUUAUAUGGAAAUAUCUGAAGAAAAUGCCACUUGCCAGAUGAAGACUGUAGACUUCACAUCAGACUAAGAUAGAGCAUGCAUUCCUGUUACAUAUUGGGAUUUAUUUUAUGGCCAGCCUAUCAUGACUUAGACAUAGUAUACCAUGUUAAUAUAGGCAGUAUAUAUUUAAAGGCAAAAUAAU